AAUCAGGGCCGGUUUAAACGCUCGCGUAAACACGGCUUGACCUUUCCUGCGUCGCGUCUCGCUCGCGCUCUCUCAGCGGGGACUCUUCCGUCACGGUCACGGUGGACACGUCAGAGACCACCACGCAUUUACACGAGAGAGCGUCCGGUCGGAGACCCUCUGCCCUACUUUUGUUGCCCGAUGCUGCUGCGCGUGGAGGAUGAGGAGGCAAAUCCCGGAAUGUCCUCGCGGAUGGAUGCAGCUGUUGUUGUAGUUCCGCUGGAUAGUUCCGUGAGUGAAUCGUGAAUCAAUAGAUAUAGAUAGAUAGAUAGAUAGAUAGAUAUUAUUCAUCCCAUGAGGGACACCGGAGGACAGCUUUGGAAGGACUUUUAAGCACCGGAGGAGAGAAGGGGGUCCACUCAGUGCCGACCGGAGCGUGAUGGACCCCCUGGCCAACAUACGCGCGUCUCAGGCGGAGCGCAGCAGCAGAGGAGCCGCCGGUGGGGGUUCAGCGGACGAGCAGAGACGCGGCUGCGGGAGAGACGCGGCGCAGGCCGGCAGCGACAGUCUGAGCAGCUUCGCCGACAUGGAAGACUCGCUGGAGGAGAAACUCAAAGGUCUGGCGUUCAGGAAACAGAUCUCGUACAGGAAAGCCAUCUCACGGUCGGGCCUCCAGCAUUUGGGUCCUGCCCACAGUCCCUUCCCUGCCCUAAGCAAUGGACCGGCCAAGGAGCUUCGCAGCACAGUGGACUGGAGCGAGAACGCAGUGAACGGUGACCACCUGUGGCUGGAGACGAAUUGCUCCGGCGAUCUCUGCUACCUGGGCGAAGAGACAUGCGUGGUCAAGAUUGCAAAGUCGGCUCCCCGGAGGAAGUGUGCAGCCUGUAAGAUCGUGGUCCACACGGCGUGUAUCGAGGAGCUGGACAAGAUCAACUUCCACUGCAAACCCACCUUCAGAGAGAGCGGCUCUCGAUGCCUUCGAGAUCAGAGCGUUUUGAGACAUCACUGGGUCCAUCGCCGGCGACAAGAGGGGAAGUGUCGUCAGUGCGGAAAAAGUUUCCCGCAGAAGUUCUUCCACAGCAAGGAGAUUGUGGCCAUCAGCUGCUCCUGGUGCAAGCAGGCAUUCCAUAACAAGGUCACGUGCUUCAUGCUACAUCAGAUCGAGGAGCCCUGCUCGCUAGGAGCUCACGCUGGGGUCAUCGUACCCCCUUCCUGGAUCAUCAAAGUCAGGAAACCGCAGAGCUCAUUUAAAAACUCCAUUCGAAGGAAAAAACGGACGUCGUUCAAAAGAAGAGCCAGCAAAAAGGGGAUGGAUGAAUCAAAAUGGCGUCCGUUCAUGCUGAAGCCGCUGCCCUCACCGCUGAUGAAGCCAGUGCUGGUGUUCGUCAACCCCAAGAGUGGAGGAAACCAGGGGACGAAGCUGCUGCAGAUGUUCAUGUGGAUCCUGAACCCUCGGCAGGUGUUUGAUUUGUCUCAGGGAGGGCCCAGAGAAGCGCUGGAAUUAUACAGGAAAGUGCCAAAUCUUCGCAUCCUUGCCUGUGGAGGAGAUGGAACGGUGGGCUGGAUUCUCUCGGCCUUAGAUGAACUACAAAUGAACCCACAACCUCCUGUAGCUGUGCUUCCUCUUGGUACAGGAAAUGACCUUGCCAGGACACUGAACUGGGGAGGGGUGAUAUGCCUAAUUUUUUUUAAAGCUAUGGUGGACCGCUGGAAUCUGCAGGUGGAGCGAUCGGCCGUUCAGCCGGAGGAGGGAACGCAGAAGCUUCCUCUAAACGUGUUCAAUAACUACUUCAGCCUCGGCUUUGAUGCCCACGUCACACUGGAGUUCCACGAGUCCAGAGAAGCCAAUCCCGAGAAAUUCAACAGUCGCUUUCGUAACAAGAUGUUCUAUGCAGGGGCAGCUUUCUCUGACUUCCUCCAGCGGAGCUCCAGGGACAUGUCCAAGCACGUCAGGGUGGUGUGUGACGGUACAGAUCUCACACCCAAGAUUCAGGAACUGAAGUUUCAGUGCAUCGUCUUCUUGAAUAUUCCCAGGUACUGUGCUGGUACCAUGCCGUGGGGCAACACGGGCGACCACAGAGACUUCGAGCCUCAGAGGCACGACGACGGCUGCAUCGAGGUGAUCGGCUUCACCAUGGCCUCACUGGCGGCGCUGCAGGUGGGCGGCCACGGCGAGCGGCUGCAUCAGUGCAGAGAGGUGGUCCUCACCACCUUCAAGACGCUGCCGGUGCAGGUGGACGGAGAGCCGUGCCGCCUCGCGCCCUCCACCCUCAGCAUAUCUCUGAGAAACCAGGCCAACAUGCUGCAGAAGAGCAAGAGACGCACGUCUGUGCCGCUGCUCAACGACCCUCAUGCCGUGCCUGAACGUCUGCGUCUGCGCGUGAACCGCAUCGUCCUGCAGGAGUACGAGAGCAUGCAGCUCGACAAGGAGCGUCUGCGUGACAUCUCUACUCCUGUUGGCAUCGUGGUGGUGAGAGGAGACUGUGACCUGGAAACCUGUCGACUGUACAUUGACAGACUGCAGGAGGAUUUGCAUCAGCCGCCCUCUAGCGGUCACAGAGUACACUACCAGGAUGAGAGCGCAGGUCUGCCGCGGCCCAGUUCAGCACACAGACUUUCACCCAGCUGGAGCUUCCUAGACUCUACAUCAGCUGACCGCUUUUAUCGCAUAGACAAGGCUCAGGAGCACCUGCACUUCGUGACCGAAAUAUGCCAGGAUGAGGUUUUCAUCCUGGACCACGAGGCUCCAGCGGUGAGCCAGGUCCGGGUCCCUGGAAUGCCAGAUGUGGUGGUGGAGCCCAGUUCUGGGGCUUCACUGACCUCAGACGAACAAGCUCUCCUGUCGGCUGCUGAUAAAGGAAACAUGGAGGUGGUGUCGGACUCCUGCACCAGCGGGAUCAGUCUGUUGGUGCGGGACUCUAUGGGCUGCAACGCUCUGCACCUGGCCGCCCAACACGGCCACAGGGAGAUCGUGAGUUUUAUUCUGGAGCACGGGUCAAAGCUGAUGUUGGAUUUAACUGACAGAGACACAGGCGACACCGCAUUGCACAAAGCAGCGUCUCAGCAGCAUGUGGAGGUGUGCAGAUGUCUGCUGGAGGCCGGGGCUUCCCUCAGCAAAACUAACUUCCUAGGAAAAACUCCCAAGGAUUGCGCCCUGGAUGCCGGGAACUCAGAGUUGACGUCCCUCAUGGAGAGCCAGCCGGUGGAGGAGCCGGAGGCGCACGAGGAUCUGGAGACGGCUGUAUGAAUGGGCUCAUGAGUCAGAGUCAGGAAGAUUUUUACCCACAGAAAGCGGCUGUCGGCACUCCUCCGAGCGUCCGCUCGCACCCGCAGAGACCGAACGGGAGAGCGUGAGAGAAGAAAGACAAAGAGGGAGGUGAAUCGAGAGUGCCUCGGGCUGAGAGAGUCCUCGGGAUCGUGUUUUUCCACUAAUGUCGCUGUGGGGUUUUAGCAUUUAUUUAUUGCUCUUAUUUAUUAUAACUAUUUAUUCAAAGAUGGAUUGGGUUUUGUUGCAUCACAGGUUAGUUUUAGAGACAAAAGACGUUUAAACAUGCCAGAGAUUGAAGCUUUCAUGCAUCAUGUUGUGCGCCAAAGACACACAGAGAGGAAGAACAUCAACUCAAGGAAGAUACUGAAAAGAGUUUGAUUAAAGGAGGAUCUUCUUCAGAGAGUUUUUACGAUUGGACACAAUCAUUGCAGAGAUUUUAAACUCAAACCACAGACUUUUCACAUUUUGUUUGUGUGCUGUUACAGUGGCGUGAUUGUGAAAUUACCUUACAACGGCGAGAAGAUCUGAGCCAAAUUCAGUGCAAUAUGAAUGGAUGACAUUUGUGCAUUUAUCUAUUUAAUAUUACAUUACAUUAAUGUUUCAAGCCAAGCAAAGGAACGGAUGUGUUUUUCCAUUGAUGGCAGCUGAUUGGUUUCUGAAAUGCCAAGUUGCUGAUCAUAAGGUUGCGUUUGACAGAAGAAUGACUGAACAAAUGAGUUAAACGUGGUAUUUCGAACAUAUACUUAGUCCAUCACUCAUGACGGGAAAUGCCCAGCGACGUGUCUGCAUGAAAAGCGGAUCACGCUGAGCCGUCGUGAGAUCCAUUUACAUACGAGUGAUCUGCUGUGUUAUCUUGUAUCAUUUUAAAGCAUUAUUGUGCAUGGGAAUUUUUGUUACCUCUCUGGAUGUUUCUACCCCUCAGUGAUUACGUAAUGAAAUGGCAUUAUUUCUUUUUGUAAUUUAAAGUUAUAUGAAAAAUAUGAAAUUGUUCAGUGGUUGUAUUUUGUU